CACAAACAACCCCCAAAACUCAGAACAUCUCUCUCACCACCAUCACAAACAGUAGGAAAUGGCCAAGGACAUUGAGGUCGGAGAGCAUGGCGGCAAUUACGCCGCCAAGGACUACCAAGACCCACCACCAGAACCACUGUUUGAUGCCGAAGAACUGACCAAGUGGUCGUUUUACAGGGCGAUCAUCGCCGAGUUCAUUGCUACACUCUUGUUUUUAUACAUCACAGUUUUGACUGUGAUAGGUUACAAAAGCCAGACUGACCCAACUAAGAACUCCGAUCAGUGUGGCGGCGUCGGCAUCCUUGGCAUUGCUUGGGCCUUUGGUGGCAUGAUCUUCGUCCUCGUUUACUGCACUGCUGGUAUUUCAGGAGGGCAUAUCAACCCCGCUGUGACAUUCGGGCUUUUCUUGGCUCGGAAGGUCUCACUGGCACGAGCCUUCAUGUACAUGGUGGCUCAGUGCUUAGGGGCCAUUUGUGGUUGUGGCUUGGUCAAAGCAUUCCAGAAGGCUUACUACGUCAAUUACGGUGGUGGUGCCAAUGAGCUCUCCACCGGGUACAGCAAAGGCACCGGCUUGGCAGCCGAGAUCAUCGGAACCUUCGUCCUCGUUUACACAGUCUUCUCCGCCACAGACCCAAAGAGAAAUGCACGAGAUUCUCACGUACCAGUCUUGGCACCACUCCCUAUUGGUUUCGCUGUGUUCAUGGUUCACUUGGCGACAAUUCCGAUCACCGGCACCGGUAUUAACCCUGCUCGGAGUUUUGGAGCUGCUGUGAUCUAUGACAAGGAUAAAGCAUGGGAUGAUCAAUGGAUUUUCUGGGUUGGACCAUUCAUUGGUGCUGCCAUUGCUGCACUCUACCACCAGUAUAUUCUCAGGGCUGGAGCAAUUAAAGCUCUAGGGUCUUUCAAAAGCUAGAAUAUUAGAGGGAAUAUAAAUCCGAGAAAGUUUGGGUAUUACUACGUGUGUUCUUGUUUGACGCGUUUUAUGUGUUAUUGUAAGCUACUUUUUUUGAAAAUAAAUAUAUUUUCUUACCAAAAAAAAAAAAAGGAAGGAAUUAUUCAUUGUCGGGAGGAGAUGUGACUCCAUUGAAAAGUUGUAAAAAGGUACUGGUGGGGAAGGUCUCGGCCUCAGUUAUGUAACCAUUGUGGCUUGGCACUUGUUUUAAGUAUUCCCUAAUGUUGUCAAUUUAUCUAUGGUCUUGUGGUCUAUUUUCCUUUUUA